AAUUAUAGACAUAUUCUCUGUUAGAAUACAAACUUAAUUUGAUUCUCUCUCAAUUCAAUCUAUCCAAGUGAUCGCAAAGCAAAAGCAUUGGCUAAUAGCCACUUCACUUGCCACACAUCUUAUCUCCACACACCUAACCACCUUCAUAAUUUAUUUUCAAUUGCAAAUUUACACAGUAUUCUUUAAGAUCUUUAAGUAUAUAAAUAUUGCAGUCUUCAUUGGACAUAAUUUAAGAAAAAGAAUUCUGAAAUUACUAGCUACAUUGAAAAAUGGCUAAUAUUGCAGCAGGCAUUAACAUGGUGACUGUUCUUGAGCACCACCGUGUGUCACCACCACUUGAUCCUUCUGUCACGGUAAAGCUCUUACCCCUCACUUUUUUUGACAUGAUGUGGCUAACCUUGCCCCCUCUUAGCCGUGUGUACUUCUAUGAUUUCCCAUGUUCUACAUCUCAGUUUAGGGAAAUGCUUGUUCCGCCUCUUGAGAGAUCACUAUCCCUGGCUCUUAAAUACUAUUUUCCUUUGUGUGGUAAUCUCAUAAUUCCCACAAAUCUUACCAGUAAUAUCACCCCUGCAAUACGCUACUCAAAUGAUGACUCGGUUUAACUAACUAUGGCUGAGUUCAGUGGUGAUACUUCCCAAGGAUUUGAGCAUCUCUCUGGGAAUCAUCCUCGGGAUGUUGAUGAGUUGUUUGCACUUGUUCCUCAACUUCCACGAGGUGAUACUGAGACAGUUGAAGAUGACAGCGUUCUGGUAUCUCCCGUUUUAUCUAUUCAGGUGACCCUGUUUCCAGACCAUGGAUUCAGCAUCGGAUUUACAAACUCCCAUGUUGUUGCUGAUGGAAAAUCUUUGUUCAAUUUUAUCAGGACAUGGGCUUCUAUUAAUGCUGAGCAGCUGAUCGGUGAAUGUAAUUAUGAAAUUUUAGAUACUCUCCCCUUCUAUGAUAGGAAUGUGAUUAAAGAUCCCAAGGGAAUAGCUUCAAUUUUCUUCAAGGCGCAACAUGAGAAUUCUGGAGCCAGUUUUUCUGCAGCACCAUCUAAAGACCGGGUUCAAGCCACGUUUGUGAUGAAUGUAGCGCAGAUCCAAGGACUCAAGAACUUGGUGAUGGACAAAAUCCCACAUGUGUCAACUUUUAUGGUAGCAUGUUCCUAUGUGUGGAAUUGCAUGGCCAAGACACGCGAAGCUUUAGGGCAUGGAACUGAAGUUGAGCAGUGUUUGGUUUAUGGCAUGGACGUCAGGGCUCGUCUGGAUCCCCCAAUACCUGCAAAUUAUUUUGGGAAUGCGGUUUUGGGCUGUUGGAAUACCCUGAAAACCAGGCAAUUGGUAGGUGAGGACGGGUUCUGUAAUGCAGUUGAAGAAAUGAACAGGGUCCUGGAUGAAAAGAUUAACAAUAACGAGGGAGUUCUGAAAGGUUUAGAGACGUAUUUUGAUGAUAUUGGAGCUGCAAAAGGGAAGGAAGUAAUCCGGGUUGUUGGAUCGCACAAAUUCGACUAUUAUACUACAGAUUUUGGUUGGGGAAAAUCUAAAAAGUAUGAACAUCUUAACCGCAUUUGUUUAAUUAGAGAUUUAAAGGGAGAUCUGGGGAUCGGAAUUUGCUUAUCAAAAAAUGAGAUAGAUUCAUUUACUACUACCUUUAUCCAGGGAUUAAUCAACUAAUUCACUGCUGCUUUUUUCUUUUAGCAUUUUAUAUAUGUAAUGAACAAGAUCUCAAUGCCUACUCUGAACGGACAAAUAUGUAAUGAAUAAGAUCCCAAUGCCCUACUAACGGGAUAUUGCUCAGUACGUCUGAUGUUAAUU